CGGACGUGCUACAACUAUAUCAGUAUACUAAGUCGAACAGGAGCAUUCACGGGUCACACACUAAAUCCAUUCAGAGCGACCGUCAACGUACACAUGCUCGUAUAACAGAGUUGAUCGCUUAUUGUUUAUCGGUUGAAUUACGGUUUACUUCCGAGUUAGAUCAACAUGGAGAACGGCCUGGAAAGCACAGGAGACAGUCGUGUGGACCAGGCUGUCACGCAGUGGCUGCAGUAUGACAAGAAUCCAAAGACGGCUGCUGCUGUGCGGACUAUGGUUAAGGAUAGAGCCAUGUCAGAGCUGCAGAAGUGUUUCGGGGCCCGUAUGGAGUUUGGCACGGCGGGACUGAGAGCCGCCAUGGGACCGGGAGUGUCCUGCAUGAAUGACCUCACCAUCAUACAGACCACACAGGGUUUCUGUGCGUACCUGGAGCAGUGCUUUACAGAUCUGAAGCAGAGAGGGGUGGUGAUCGGGUUUGAUGCUCGCGCUCACCCCCCUAGUGGCGGCAGCAGUAAAAGAUUCGCCUGUCUUGCUGCUUCUGUCUUGAUCAGCCGAGGCGUCCCAGUCUACCUCUUCAGUGACAUCACACCCACUCCAUACGUGCCUUUUACUGUAUCACAUCUAGGACUGUGUGCUGGUGUCAUGGUAACAGCCUCACAUAAUCCCAAACAAGACAACGGAUACAAGGUGUACUGGGCAAACGGAGCUCAGAUCAUUCCUCCCCAUGAUAAGGGCAUCGCCGCAGCUAUAGAACAAAAUCUUGAGCCGUGGCCUAAAUCAUGGGACACAGAUGGAGCUCUUCAGAGUUCCCUACUCAAUGACCCAUACCAGGACACACACAGAGAAUACUGCCAAACCAUACAACAGCACUGCUUUCACAGGGAGCUGAAUAAGAAUACAAAGGUGAAGGUUGUCCAUACGUCAGUUCAUGGGGUGGGCCAUAUUUUUGUCCAGGCUGCUUUUAAGGCCUUCGACCUUCAGCCUCCAUAUGCUGUGGAAGAGCAGAAAGAUCCUGACCCAGAGUUCCCCACAGUCAAAUACCCCAACCCUGAGGAAGGAGAGGGAGUCUUGAUGCUGUCCUUCGCACUGGCAGAUAAAGAGGGAGCAACUGUUAUUCUGGCAAAUGACCCUGACGCUGACCGACUAGCUAUUGCAGAGAAGCAGGAGAGUGGGCAGUGGAUGGUAUUCUCUGGGAAUGAGUUGGGUGCUUUGCUCGGAUGGUGGAUUUUCCAAUGCUGGAAGCAGCAGAAAGAAGAUGGAAAAGCCUCCAUUAAGGAUGUCUACAUGCUAUCCAGCACCGUCUCCUCAAAAAUCCUCCGUGCCAUCGCUGUGAAAGAGGGCUUCCACUUUGAGGAAACUCUAACGGGCUUUAAAUGGAUGGGAAACCGAGCCAAAGAGCUGAUGGACCAGGGAAAGACUGUUCUGUUUGCCUUUGAAGAAGCUAUUGGUUACAUGUGUUCUCCUGCAGUUUUGGACAAAGAUGGUGUAAGUGCGGCUGCCAUUGCUGGCGAGUUUGUCUCUUACCUGACUUCUAAAAAUAGAACUCUGUCCCAUCAACUCAGAUCCAUUUAUGAGGAGUAUGGUUACCACAUUUCCAAGAAUUCCUACUUCAUCUGUCAUGACCAAGACACUAUUAAACGCUUGUUCGAGCAUCUUCGGAACUAUGCCGGGGAGAAUUCGUACCCUAAAGAGUGCGGGGGCUUUGCCAUCACAGCAGUGAGAGAUCUUACGACAGGCUAUGACAGCAACCAGACAGACAACAAGGCCGUUCUGCCCACCAGUAAAAGCAGUCAGAUGAUUACCUUCACCUUUGCUAACGGGGGCGUGGCUACAAUGAGGACCAGCGGCACAGAGCCUAAAAUCAAAUAUUACACUGAGCUCUGUUCCGCACCAGGAAACAGUGAUCUUAACCAGCUGAAAACUGAACUGGAUAACUUGGUUGAUGUCAUCGUGGAACACUUCUACCAACCUGAGAAAAACAACCUGACUCCUCGACCAGAGUGAGAGACUCUAUCGCUCAGGAUUACAAGGAUCUGAUCUAAUUCAGCUAUUAGUCUUUACCUACCACACAUAACCACUCUCAUUAAAGCUUACAUAUUCUGAGUCUCAAUCUAAGGUGGUUUUCUAUAAACUUGCUCUCGCUCUUGUUUCAAGAAAUGUAGAUCAAAUCUGGUGCCACAUGAACAUGCCAAUUGCUUUUUUCAUUUUUGCACAAUUUUUUCACCUCUCAGUUUUUUAAUCUACA